GGACGGGUAGCAGGGACUGACAGAACACCGGGCUGAGUUGUGGACGGGUAGCAGGGACUGACAGAACACCGGGCUGAGUUGUGGACGGGUAGCAGGGACUGACAGAACACUGGGUAGCAGGGACUGACAGAACACCGGGCUGAGUUGUGGACGGGUAGCAGGGACUGACAGAACAGCGGGGCUGAGUUGUGGACGGGUAGCAGGGACUGACAGAACACCGGGCUGAGUUGUGGACGGGUAGCAGGGGCUGACAGAACACUGGGGCUGAGUUGUAGUAGAGUUGGCGCUGCUGCUGAAGGAGUCCGUCCCAGACACAAACCCCCUCCCACAUGCAACUAAAUACAGAAAGACUCCAUGUUGCACGGACAUACUUGGGCCAGCAGAUGUGAACUGUCUCCUAAAGUGUAUACCUACUUUCCACAGCGAGCAACUUGAGUGCACUUGCUGCAUGUUUUGGAUUAAAACCAUCGCGUUUGCAGCGCUGUUGUCCCGGACAGGCCUCGUGUUUCUGGAUCUGAGCUCCGGGGCUGAAGCCGCCAAACCCCCAGCUGCUGGUUCACUUUAGUUUAUAAUCAGUCAGGCGUCGGGUUAAAAUCUUCUUUUUUUGACACGCACAAGGUGCCGUUGUUGUAGACCGAAACUUGUCUGUAAAGCGAUGAUAUUUCUCGGAAAGCCAUAGAUGACAGCCGCUCGCGGGCCUUGCCCUGAGCACCGAGCUUGCCUGGUGCGCGCUGCCGCCGCAACAGUCGCCCUCCUCGGACACUUCGGUCUCGGCUUCGCGGUCGACGCUCUGCUAGCUCUGCUAGCUCUGCGCUAACUAGCACACGGACCCGAGCUGCGCUGAACAAAACAACAAAACAGGACUAAAGCACCCGUCCCAAAUGGACCACAUGUCCAUAAUAACUCAAGUCUCCAAUCCUAAGGAGGAGGAGAUAAUAUCCUUUAACCAGGAAAAAGCCUCCCAGUCAAACGGCAGUCUGAAGAAGCAGAGGAGCCGGGGCAUAUUCAGCACAUUCUUCUGCUGCUUCCGCAACUACAAUGUGGAACCACCAGCCUCCAACGCCAACACCAGCCCCCUGCCUCCACCUGCCGAAGAGAACGGCUCGCCUCCCAAGUGUGACCAGGUCGAGGUCAUCCCUGUCCCUUGUCCACCAGCCAAAUACCUCCUACCAGAGAUGAACAUUUCUGACUGUGGUAAAAAGUGUGUGGUUAUUGACUUGGAUGAAACACUUGUGCACAGCUCAUUCAAGCCCAUCAGCAAUGCUGACUUCAUCGUACCGGUGGAGAUUGAUGGUACCGUUCAUCAGGUGUAUGUGCUGAAGAGACCACACGUGGAUGAGUUUCUGCAGAAGAUGGGGGAAUUAUUUGAAUGUGUGCUCUUCACAGCCAGCCUCGCCAAGUACGCAGACCCGGUGGCCGACCUGCUGGACCAGUGGGACGUGUUCCGGGCUCGGCUCUUCAGAGAGUCCUGCGUGUUUCACAGAGGGAACUACGUCAAAGACCUGAGCCGGCUGGGGCGAGAGCUCAGCAACGUCAUCAUCGUGGACAACUCACCUGCCUCUUACAUCUUCCAUCCAGAAAAUGCUGUUCCAGUUCAGUCCUGGUUUGACGACAUGAAUGACACAGAACUCCUGGACCUGCUGCCUUUCUUUGAGGGACUUAGCAAAGAAGACGAGGUGUACGGAGUCCUGCAGAACCUCCGGAGCAGGUAGCAGGACGGGCCGCUGCAGCGCCGGCCCGGCUCUCCCCUUCCCUCCAGCACCGUAUCAGACUCGGCCAGGUCUCCUGCAGGUCUCCUGCAGGUCUCCUGCAGGCCCCCCUGGUCCCUGGUCCGAGGGGACGGCCCGGAGUCUCACUGUGGAAACCUUCAUGUAACUGUGUCUUUAGCUCUCUGCUCCUGGGACCGGCUGCCUUCCGAGUGCCAUCGCAAAAACCCCAACCUUUUUAGGAUCCCAGGACCACAGAAAGACUGCAGAGAGUCCUCAGCUCAUCUGCUGGGGACAAGAAUACUAAGAGGACUGAACUCUGGUCUUUAUUUUCAAAUAGCAAAAGUUUUACUAUUUGGUGAAGUGCAAAUUUUAAAACCAAAAGGAGAAUAAAAAACAAAAAAACUCCGGGACUUCUGUUGUGAUGCCACAGAAAGCUCUAGAAGAGAUUUAGUUCUCAUGUUGUUGCUAUGCAGGCAGUUUGUGGAAGUAGGAAGGACUGUGACUCUUUUCUUACCAAACGAAGUGCCUUGUGUGAAUGUAGUUUAUACGGGGAGUUACUUUGUACUCCAGAGUAUUUCCAGAGUACUUCGCUCUUUUCACAAACGAUAUGCUUUAAAGUGGACACGGAAGUAUCCUUUAUAUAAAGUUUUACUUUUGUGGUCAUCAAA